GAUUCUUUCAUCCUGCAAUCCUUCGCUCCAUCACCUUUCCCAUACAUACACACGAAGCAUAUUCCUCUAUUCCUCGACGUGGUGUAAGCGUGACCUUCACCAGAGACCGACCUAGUGAAAAUCUCUCUCUUAAACCUUACCCAAAUCGGGCAGAUGACAGGGAAUGUAGGAGAAACAAUUGGCCAUCCGACCUCUUCAUGAACAUCAUCAACAUCAACUCCAGCUUUUUCCUUCUCAGCUCGUUACCUCUUGAAUCGCUUCAUUGGAUUCCACCCGUCGAGAAGUGGUCCAUCGUCAAAUCGUCGUGGGGGUCGGAACACAGGUCAUUCUCUGCUGAAACGCCGUCUCCUCGUGGGAAUGCAUGGUUCAACUGUGAUAGGAGAGAAUAAGAGCUCAUCGCACCCACCCUAACCUCCUCUCAACACGCGCGUUUGUGGUCUGAAGAUGCGAGGGCCGUCCCGCGACAAUUUACACGUUUACGACAGAUGCGGCCUCGAUAGCCUCGACACCCUUUAUUAGACUCGGCUUACUCUUUCUUGUCCUUCUUCUGCUUGGGAUUCGUUUCCAUCUGAUCGGGAUUCUAUUUUCGGAUCCUUACGCUCUCUUGCCCUUUUCUCUCUUGCGUCUCCGUUCAUCUGAUUCUGUGAUUUGUUCGUCGCGUACACAUACUCCCCAUGCUGCAUUUUCACAAUCGCAUACAUAGCAACCGUCACAUUCCAAUCAUUUGGAUGUCAUGCCGUUCAUCACAAACUUGCGUCUUUACUCCUGCAUUUUGAUCUCUGUCCGUCUUCCGUCUGCCGUCUGCCGUCAUCCAUCAUUAUUAACUUUCAUGGUCUCAUUCUGGGGCCCUCGAUUCCUGAAUGGGUACUACUUUGGAAGUUGGUUGACCAUCUGGGUUCGAUUUGGGUCUUACUCAGCCCUUUAAGUGGCUGAGGCGCCUUUGUCAUUCGCCGCUUUGUGACUGAGAACGAGAACUUUCUUGACAUUUUUAUUAUAAGUUAACACUUUCUUAUUAAUACCCCUUCCCUACCUUUCCUCCGACCCAUACACUCGUACAUCAGCUCAGCAUCUUCAUUUUACGCUAAAAUCUUGGGGGAAAAGACUAUCUUCUGCAUAUUCCAUUCCCCGGUGAUGCUUUCGACUAUCGAAUUAUACGUGCAGAUUACAGAACCUUAAUCCAGAAUAGCAAAAAAGUGUAAUCCGAAGUGGUUGACUUUAUUUAUUAUUUAUUUAUUUAUUUCUUUCUUUUUCUUUUUUUCUUUCUUUCUUUCUUAUUCUAUCCCAUACCCACCCACUCACACCUUUUUUGCUGAAUUCAAAGUUUGGAACCAACUCGCGCUAAAUACACAGUCACCGGCCACGAGUAUUGACCUAAAGGAUACUAUAAGACCUUUUUAUUAGGCAGUCACACUCUUGGUACAGUCAAAUCUACUCAAGUGUUAAGAGGGAUACUUAAUUCCUCUGUACCCUCCAUCCCAUUCGCACGUUUCUCUCCACAUUCUCUCUUUUGUUAAACUUACCACUGCUCGAGUUUAACCUGAUACAACAUCCUUCACAUUCCUGUCGCUUUGAUAUACUCCACUCAACCUUUAUACAAUCAUACUUAUUGUAUCUUACAACACACAUCUCUCUAUAUACUCACUCUUCUCUUUAAUCAUAUAAUAUACGAAACAACUCAUACAUCCACACACUCUCUCUCACACACAUCCAUACACUCACGCACUCACUCACUCACUCACUCACGUCCAUACAUAUAUAUUACCUUGAGCGAAUACAUCUUACUCUGCACCUCAGAGAAGUCCUAGACCCAGUGGGAAACUUCUUAUCGUUUUGAUAUCAACUCGAUAGCACAAGUCGAAUUCAGGUCUUGGAGGACAAGUUCUGCCUCAGCACAUCCAAGCCGAAGUCUCAAAGUUCACCGUCACAAUGUGCGUGACACAUAUCUAUACCGAUUGCUAUCCCAAGCGAACAGUCGAGUUUCAUCAAACAAUAGUCUGCCCUAAUGCCAAAGAUGGAAUCUCUUGCCCCGCUCACAUUACCAACGAACAUCCUCCUCGCAAUCUCGAAUCCAACGAUGACCUCUCUAGCAAAGAAUACAUCGACCAAGGUCUCAAAGUACCUUCUGCCGUCAAGCCUCCACCUCACACAUCCACAACAACAAGUACAUAUCGUUACUCUCCAGGUGACAAGAAAGACAAAUCUCCCGGUCGAGAACCUCGUCUUCGCCUUGUAAGAAAGAAGAGCGCUUUAGUCUCAGCUCUCACACCACGUCGCAAACAUCCUAAAGAACGUAUUGUUAUUGUCGAUGCACCUGAUAGUCCAGAAGGUUCCAAGACUCUUUCAAAGUAUGCUCCAGAUUCACCUGCUACGGAAGAGUUCUACUCAAAGAAUCUCUUGGUGGAUAAUCGCUCAGCCCCAAGACAUAAUCCUAAUGGCAGUCUCAAUCCCGUUCGUACGGUCAUUGUAGAAAAUAAUCGGGAGAUGAGAGACCGUAGCAAGGAACGAGAGAGAUCUUUGAAAGAACUUCCAAUCAUUCUAGCUCCUGAACCUCCCUCGCGCUCACCUAGUCGUGAAAGGGCAUUGGUGGAUAUGCGUAUUCAUCGUGAGCAAGAGGAGAGGGAAAGGGAAAGACAAAGAGAAUUUGAGAGGGAACGAGUGAGGAUUUAUGAGUUAGGUCAUGAAGCAAGGAUGAAACUUGAGAGGGAAAGAGAGGAAAAGAUGAAAGCGGUAGAGGAACAUGAGAGGGAGAGAAUAAGAAAGGUGAUGAUCGAGGAUGAGAAGAGGAAGGAGGUCGAAUAUCGGAAAUUCGUGAGGGAUCGAGAACUCGAGCAAGAAAGAGAAAGAGAAAGGGAUAGAGACGUUGAACGAAAGAGAGCUAGAGAUAGGGAAGAGGAAAUUCUUCGAGAAAGAGGAAGAGCUCAAUCUUCCGAUCGCGAAAGGAAAGAAGAGCUAGCCAGAGAAAGGGAAAGAAGAAGAAGAGACGAUGAGCUUCGUAGAGCAGAUGAGCAAAAUAGAAGAGAAGAGAAACAUAGACGCGAGAGAGAAAGAGAGAAGGAAUUAGACGAUAAAGAGAGGGAAGAAAGAAUGAGAAAGGCAGAAAGGUCGGAACGAAAAGCAGCGGAUGAUGCGAGGAGAUUGGCGGAACAGGUAAAGGCAUUUGCGAAGGAGGAUGAGGCGAUUAGGAGAAGACCUUCUGUGCCUAGCAGGGGAAAGGAGGUGGAGAGGGGAAUCGACAGGAGAGACGAUGAAUUGAGGUGGAAGAAGGAGAACGAUGAUAUGUAUGCGAGGUUGAGGGAGAGACAGGCGAGGAAUGAAGGACAUGCAUCAGGGUUAGGGAGGGGAGAAAGUUUUUCAGGGAGGGGCGACGGGGAUAGAGAGGUUUUGGAUAGGUUAAAGGAAAGACAAAAGGGACCUGAGGAGGGGUACAUGCCGAAGAGGAGGACUACUAUUGGUGGAGGGAAUGGGAGGAGAAGAGGAGACGAAAGAAUUAUUUGGGAUGAUGAAGAAGGGAGGGGAGGGAGAUGGUGAAGAAUGAGAGGAAAGAUUUUUCUUUUGUUUGUUUAAUGAUUAAUGCUUAUGAUGAUAUGGGUAUGGGAUGGGGAUAGGACGAUACCUGGUUGGACAUGCACUGGAUAUUUAUGCAUGUCGAUGCGACGGAUAAUGAAAUGCUGGAUUUUUUUCUACGGUUAUGUAAUGAUGGAUACCUUGGUACCUUUAUGUUAUUGGGAUACGAUUAUGAUACCCGAGUAGUUAGCUACUUUGUUAAACGAGUCUCUUUUGUUCUUUGGUAAUUAAUAUGAA